GAAACCUAAAUAUUAACACUGUUGAAAGUGUGUGCCUUCUUUUGAUAGAAGAGGUAUUUUAGUACAUUAUUCGUAUAUAUUCAUUGAUGACAUCCAUGAAACAACGAGCCGGUGGUAUGCCGAAACAGCCCGGGUUGGCGAGGCAUGACAGCGCUGUGCUGGAUCUAGCCUUUGCAUUAGACUGUACAGCUAGUAUGGGUAGCUACAUAGAGACAGCCCGCAGAAACAUAAAGAACAUUGUAGAGGCGAUCGUGUCGAGUGAGAAGAGUGACGUUAAACUGGCCCUGGUGGAGUACCGGGACCAUCCACCACAAGAUGUCACGUUUGUUACACGUGCUCACAACUUCACCAGCUCCGUCUCUAGUGUGAGGAAGUGGCUGGAGGGAUGUAAGGCUCAGGGAGGUGGAGACACACCCGAGGCUGUGACGGACGCCCUUCAUGAUAUACUCAAACUUUCCUGGAGAGAAACAUCUACAAAAAUAUGUGUGCUGAUAUCCGACGCCCCGCCACAUGGUUUACAUUCCCAAGGGGACACCUUUCCAGAUGGUUGUCCAGCAGGACUAGACCCUAUGGCGAUCGUUCGCCAGAUGGCUGAGAAAGGGAUUACGUUGUAUUGCGUUGGUUGUGAACCAGCUAUCAUUCCAUAUAAGGAAUUCUUUACGGCCAUCGCAUUUCUGACUGGCGGGCAAUACGUGCCACUUCGCGGAGCUAAAGCCUUAACUCAGAUUAUUGUAGGCGGUGCCCAGGAAGAAAUGUCUCUGGAGAGGUGGAUGGCUGAGGUUGACCGAGAAGUGCAGCAAGAAACAAAAGAUGGUCAUGAAGUGGAUGAGAAAGCUGUGUCAAAGAAGAUUGCUGCAAAAUUAAAAGUGAAAGGAGCUCGGAGUAAAACUUUGAUGCGAAACAAUACUGUUCUUAAGGAGGCAUCUAUGUUUUCCAAAGUAUUAUCGAAGUGUAAAAGUAUGGCACAAAUCAAGGGUAAAUUCAUGCUCGCAGCAUUGCCGUCAUUUGGUGGAUCAAAGAAGAAAUCAGUGCACAAAGGUAGGAAGAAGACUAGUACGAAGAAAGGCCGUCCGGUAAAAAAGGGAAGGAAAGGAAAAACGACAUGUUGCCGUAAACGAAAACUGGCUGGGACAACUGAAACGAAGGAGGAAGAUUAUACAACUGUGGAGAGCGCAAUAUCUCAUUCCCAGAUUUUAAGGAUGGUCAGGAAGUCAAAAGCUAGGGGCAAGAAAAAAUGACAUUUUUGGCGGUGAGCAAGCACUGAUUAAACUUAUAACUUACAAUAACUUUGGGUAUACAAUGACAUGUAAUCUUUUACAAACAUAAAUUUCGUUAAAGUUUUUGCAAAUUUAUUUAAUCAGUUUUUCUGUCUCGGAUAUUAGCACGCACGUGUCUAAAUGCAGGUGAGUAGGGAACUAGUUUACUGAGAGAAGAUUCGGUCAGGGAAUGUGAUUAAAAUUAGUAAUGUAAACAAUAGUUACAAAUAACUUCACCAAUAACUGUACACCGAUAAGAUGAACGUCUGCCUAUUUCCCUGUAACUACACCAAGAACUGUAUACUAGUAACAUAAACAUCUAGUUACUUAAUCCCAUGUUACUACACCAAUAAAUGUAUACUUGUAAGAUGUGUCUAGUUACUUCCCUGUUACUACACCAAUAAAUGUAUACUUGUAAGAUGUAUCUAGUUACUUCCCUGUUACUACACCAAUAAAUGUAUACUUGUAAGAUGUGUCUAGUUACUUCACUGUUACUACACCAAUAAAUGUAUACUUGUAAGAUGUAUCUAGUUACUUCCCAUGUUACUACACCAAUAAAUGUAUACUUGUAAGAUGUCUCUAGUUACUUCCCUGUUACUACACCAAUAAAUGUAUACUAGUAACAUAAACAUCUAGUUACUUCCCUGUUACUACACCAAUAAAUGUAUACUUGUAAGAUGUAUCUAGUUACUUCCCUGUUACUACACCAAUAAAUGUAUACUUGUAACAUAAACAUCUAGUUACUUCCCUGUUACUACACCAAUAAAUGUAUACUUGUAAGAUGUAUCUAGUUACUUCACUGUUACUACUCCAAUAAAUGUAUACUUGUAAGAUGUGUCUAGUUACUUCACUGUUACUACACCAAUAAAUGUAUACUAGUAACAUAAACAUCUAGUUACUUCCCUGUUACUAUACCAAUAAAUGUAUACUUGUAAGAUGUAUCUAGUUACUUCCCUGUUACUACACCAAUAAAUGUAUACUAGUAAGAUAAACAUCUAGUUACUUCCCUGUUACUACACCAAUAAAUGUAUACUAGUAAGAUAAACAUCUAGUUACUUCCCUGUUACUACACAAAUAAAUGUAUACUAGUAACAUAAACAUCUAGUUACUUACUCCCAUGUUACUACACCAAUAAAUGUAUACUUGUAAGAUGUAUCUAGUUACUUCACUGUUACUACACUAAUAAAUGUAUACUUGUAAGAUGUAUCUAGUUACUUCACUGUUACUACACCAAUAAAUGUAUACUUGUAAGAUGUAUCUAGUUACUUCACUGUUACUACACCAAUAACCAUAUACUAGUAACAUAAACAUCUAGUUACUUCCCUGUUACUACACUAAUAAAUGUAUACUUGUAAGAUGUGUCUAGUUUCUUCACUGUUACUACACUAAUAAAUGUAUACUUGUAAGAUGUAUCUAGUUACUUCACUGUUACUAUACUAAUAAAUGUAUACUUGUAAGAUGUGUCUAGUUACUUCACUGUUACUACACCAAUAAAUGUAUACUUGUAAGAUAAACAUCUAGUUACUUCACUGUUACUACACUAAUAAAUGGAUACUUGUAAGAUGGAUCUAGUUACUUCACUGUUACUACACCAAUAAAUGUAUACUUGUAAGAUGUAUCUAGUUACUUCACUGUUACUACACCAAUAAAUGUAUACUUGUAAGAUGUAUCUAGUUACUUCACUGUUACUACACCAAUAAAUGUAUACUUGUAAGAUGUGUGUAGUUACUUCCCUGUUACUACACCAAUAAAUGUAUACUAGUAAGAUGUAUCUAGUUACUUCCCUGUUACUACACCAAUAAAUGUAUACUAGUAAGAUGUAUCUUGUUACUUCCCAUGUUGCUACACCAAUAAAUGUAUACUAGUAACAUAAACAUCUAGUUACUUCCCUGUUACUACACCAAUAAAUGUAUACUAGUAAGAUGUAUCUAGUUACUCCCAUGUUGCUACACCAAUAAAUGUAUACUUGUAAGAUGUAUCUAGUUACUUCACUGUUACUACACCAAUAAAUGUAUACUUGUAAGAUGUAUGUAGUUACUUCCCUGUUACUACACCAAUAAAUGUAUACUAGUAACAUAAACAUAUAGUUACUUCUCCGUUACUACACCAAUAAAUGUAUACUUGUAAGAUGUAUCCAGUUACUUCACUGUUACUACACCAAUAAAUGUAUACUUGUAAGAUGUGUCUAGUUACUUCACUGUUACUACACCAAUAAAUGUAUACUAGUAAGAUGUAUGUAGUUACUUCCCUGUUACUACACCAAUAAAUGUAUACUAGUAAGAUGUAUCUAGUUACUUCCCAUGUUACUACACUAAUAAAUGGAUACUUGUAAGAUGUACCUAGUUACUUCACUGUUACUACACCAAUAAAUGUAUACUUGUAAGAUGUAUCUAGUUACUUCACUGUUACUACACCAAUAAAUGUAUACUUGUAAGAUGUAUGUAGUUACUUCCCUGUUACUACACCAAUAAAUGUAUACUAGUAAGAUGUGUCUAGUUACUUCCCUGUUACUACACCAAUAAAUGUAUACUGGUAAGAUGUAUCUAGUUACUUCACUGUUACUACACCAAUAAAUGUAUACUUGUAAGAUGUAUCUAGUUACUUCACUGUUACUACACCAAUAAAUGUAUACUUGUAAGAUGUGUCUAGUUACUUCCCUGUUACUACACCAAUAAAUGUAUACUAGUAAGAUGUAUCUAGUUACUUCACUGUUACUACACCAAUAAAUGUAUACUAGUAACAUAAACAUCUAGUUACUUCCUUGUUACUACACCAAUAAAUGUAUACUAGUAAGAUGUGUCUAGUAACUCCCAUGUUGCUACACCAAUAAAUGUAUACUUGUAAGAUGUAUCUAGUUACUUCACUGUUACAACACCAAUAAAUGUAUACUAGUAACAUAAACAUCUAGUUACUUCCCUGUUACUACACCAAUAAAUGUAUACUAGUAAGAUGUAUCUAGUUACUUCACUGUUACUACACCAAUAAAUGUAUACUAGUAAGAUGUAUGUAGUUACUCCCAUGUUGCUACACCAAUAAAUGUAUACUUGUAAGAUGUAUGUAGUUACUUCCCUGUUACUACACCAAUAAAUGUAUACUAGUAACAUAAACAUCUAGUUACUUCUCUGUUACUACACCAAUAAAUUUAUACUUGUAAGAUGUAUCUAGUUACUUCCCUGUUACUACACCAAUAAAUGUAUACUUGUAAGAUGUAUCCAGUUACUUCACUGUUACUACACCAAUAAAUGUAUACUUGUAAGAUGUGUCUAGUUACUUCACUGUUACUACACCAAUAAAUGUAUACUAGUAAGAUGUAUGUAGUUACUUCACUGUCAUUACACUAAUAAAUGGAUACUUGUAAGAUAUAUCUAGUUACUUCACUGUUACUACACCAAUAAAUGUAUACUUGUAAGAUGUAUCUAGUUACUUCACUGAUACUACACCAAUAAAUGUAUACUUGUAAGAUAAACGUCUAGUUACUUCACUGUUACUACACCAAUAAAUGUAUACUUGUAAGAUGUAUGUAGUUACUUCACUGUUACUACACUAAUAAAUAUAUACUUGUAAGAUAUAUCUAGUUACUUCACUGUUACUACACCAAUAAAUGUAUACUAGUAAGAUGGAUCUAGUUACUUCACUGUUACUACACUAAUAAAUGGAUACUUGUAAGAUAUAUCUAGUUACUUCACUGUUACUACACUAAUAAAUGUAUACUUUUAAGAUUAUCUAGUUACUUCCCUGUUACUACACCAAUAAAUGUAUACUUGUAAGAUGUAUCUAGUUACUUCACUGUUACUACACCAAUAAAUGUAUACUUGUAAGAUUAUCUAGUUACUUCCCUGUUACUACACCAAUAAAUGUAUACUUGUAAGAUGUAUCUAGUUACUUCACUGUUACUACACCAAUAAAUGUAUACUAGUAAGAUGUAUGUAGUUACUUCACUGUUACUACACUAAUAAAUGGAUACUUGUAAGAUAUAUCUAGUUACUUCACUGUUACUACACCAAUAAAUGUAUACUUGUAAGAUGUAUCUAGUUACUUCACUGUUACUACACUAAUAAAUAUAUACUUGUAAGAUGUAUCUAGUUAAUUCCCUGUUACUACACCAAUAAAUGUAUACUUGUAAGAUGUAUCUAGUUACUUCUCUGUUACUACACCAAUAAAUGUAUACUAGUAAGAUGUGUCUAGUUACUUCUCUGUUACUACACCAAUAAAUGUAUACUAGUAAGAUGUAUCUAGUUACUUCACUGUUACUACACCAAUAAAUGGAUACUUGUAAGAUGUAUCUAGUUACUUCACUGUUACUACACCAAUAAAUGUAUACUAGUAACAUAAACAUCUAGUUACUUCACUGUUACUACACUAAUAAAUAUAUACUUGUAAGAUGUAUCUAGUUAAUUCCCUGUUACUACACAAAUAAAUGUAUACUUGUAAGAUGUAUCUAGUUACUUCACUGUUACUACACUAAUAAAUGUAUACUUGUAAGAUGUAUCCAGUUACUUCACUGUUACUACACUAAUAAAUGUAUACUUGUAA